CGGGCGUCUGCCUCUGAAGUUAGCAGUGAUUUCCUCUAGAGCCUGGCCUUAUCUCCGGCUGCACGUUGCCUGUUGGUGACUAAUAACACAAUAACAUUGUCUGGGGCUGGAAUAAAGUUGGAGCUGUUUACCCCCACUCUAUAGGGGUUCAAUAUAAAAAGCCUGCGGAGAGCCGUCCAAGGCAGACGCGCUUCUGCACGGCGCUAGGGCGAGCGCGCACAGGGUCCCGGUGCGCUGCUGUCCCAGGCUCGCCACUGCCACCGCCGCGUGCGUCCGCAGACCGCUCCCACUGCCGGCCCUCCUGGCAGAAACUUCUUUUUUUCUGCCCGUUAAAAGAGCCCUUAGGCUGAAGGAUCGCUUUGAGUCCUGAAUAACCAGAAGCGCUUUGAGGCAACCGAAGCUCUUUUUCUUCGUUUUCCUUUGGGUCUCUCCGCUUUUUUUUCUCUCCAAAAUGGAUUAUUUCCCCGUGAUUUUCUCUCUGCUGUUUGUGGCUUUCCAAGGAGCUCCAGAAGCAGCGGUCUUGGGCGCGGAGCUCAGCACCAGUCCGGACGGCGGAGGGGAGAGGCCGGCUGCCAGUGCGCCCUGGCGGCCCCGGAGGUCCAAGCGCUGCUCCUGCUCUUCCCUGUUGGAUAAGGAGUGUGUCUAUUUCUGCCACCUCGACAUCAUCUGGGUCAACACUCCCGAGCACAUUGUUCCAUACGGACUCGGAAGCCCUUCUAGGUCUAAGCGAUCCUUAAAGGAUUCAUUUGCCGUGAAGGCAACAGACCCCAGGAAGAGAUGCCGGUGUGCUGGCCAGAAAGACAAGAAGUGCUGGAGUUUUUGCCAUGCGGGAAAAGAACUCAGGGACCAAGACAGUCUGGAGAAGGGCUGGGAUGACCAGAAGAAAGGAAAAGACUGUUCUGAGUUUGGAGAAAAGUGUAUUCGGCAGAAGCUCAUGGCAGGAAGAAAAAUAAGAAGGUUGGAUGCCAUCAGCAACAGCGUCAAAACAGCUUUUCGUGUUGCAAAGCUGAAAGCAGAGGUCUACCGAGAGAAGAAAGUGACCCACAACCGAACACACUGAUGGCAGGUCGCUGAGGCCUGUCACAUGCCAUCUCCUCCCUGAAGGGAACCUUGUGGCUGAUUCUGCACUCUCUCCACAUGGCUAGGAUCAGAGCAAAAGAAUCCUCCCUGCUUAGACCAUUUCUUGCUCCAGACUGGCAACGGACCAGUGCCCUUACUCUAAACAUUCCAGGGAAUGUUAAGGAGUCCCCCAAUCUGUCUUCAUUUGCUUCCAUCAGUGGUGACCACUUCCGUCUUUCCUCGUCCGGGUGAUAGUCGGACCACUCAGAAAGCUGAGAGACACAGUGACUUGCGGAUUAGGGUGGGAUCCUCCCGACGGGGGAGAGAAGAUUCCACCCGCACCACGGAAUUUCUGAAGAGGGUCUGAAGGGAGUGUUUGCGUCUCACUCAGGCGCCUGGCACAUUUCAGGGAGAAACUCCAAAGUCCAUGCAGAGAUUUUCUAAGGAAUGCACAAAUUGAAAACACACUCGAAGGACACUCAAGUAAAAACAAGAAAAAGACUUUUAUUGUAUUAUUUUUUUUAAUUCACAAAAUGCAAAACUGAAAAGACACUGUUACUACUGUAAAGUCAGGAUGAGUUUGAUGAUAUGAGUCUACCUCACCUAGAUUGUCCUCUGGCAGAAGUAUUUCUUCACCUUUAAUUAUUGCCUCCCCUGGCUCUUCCCCUCCUGCCAUUCCCUCCCCCCGAAACCCCCAUAGCAAAUCUUGGCCUCAUAGAUGUCUAGUCUAACAUGUCAGUAGUAGAUGUAACAUUUUCAUGGUAAUCUACUAGCUCUGAUCCACACACAAAAAAGAUCAUUGAAUCAGGAGGUUCCCUUACCUUGAUCUUUGGAAACACAAUGGUAGAGAAUCGUUUAUGAAAGACAUUGAAAAGUAAACAUUUGGUUAUGCUUUAAAGCAGUAAAAUGAUUUCCCUUUAUGUAACUGGCUAAUGGAAGAGGUUGGAAUAAAUUUUGAUGUACUUAUUUUUUUAUAGAUAUUUAUAUUCAAACAAUUUAUUCCUUAUAUUUACCAUGUUAAAUAUAUGUCUGGGCAGGCCAUAUUGGUCUAUGUAUUUUUUUUAAAUGUAUUUCUGAAUGAAAUUGAGAAAAUGCUUUGUUUUGCCUGUCAAGGUAAUGACUUUAGAAAAUAAAUAUUUUUUCCCCUACUGUA